AAUUUUAAUUUGAAUUUUGAUUUGAAUAAAAAUAAUGUCAAUAUACGUUUUUGUUUCCUGAAAAAAAUCCACUCAUGAGAUGAUCAGGUCUUUUCUCCCUUCUCCCUGUAUAAUUUUAGCGCUUUUCAACAGAUUGCAGUCGGACAAUGCGACCCUGGUGGACGAUCCAGUAGUGACAAACGUAAACAAAAAAUGAGAGGGAAGACUUCCGCGCAGGCAGAACUGGUAACUGGAACCAAGGCAAAAUGAGUGUGGUAGCGACCUGCGACGAGGGCUACUUUUUGUCCCACGAGGAAUUCAUCGUGAAAACGUAUCAGGAAAUAAACUCGGUGCCCGCUGAGCCAAUGUUUAACUUGCGAACGCCGUUCAUGCAAGAGGCCCAGUCAUCGCAGAUCGCUGCUCGAAUGCUGGAUCCGGAUGGCCAGCCGCCAAAGAAAAAGUCAAAAAAAGAAAUUAUAUUUCGAAAAGCUGAAACAGACUCGAAUCAGAUGGAGAAAAUGAGUGAAGUUACUCUUGUCAAGGAAAGAAUGAAAGCUGUUCUUGAAUCAGCAAGAAAUUGUGGAUGUCUGAAUUACUCGGCAACGCCAGAAGAUUUUAAGGACAAUAACUCUUCUUCAAGAAAAUUUUCAGAUUCCGUUUUUCAAGUAUCAAAUAUUAUUGGUUCAGAGAACUCAUUUUCUGGUGCUAAUAAUAGUGAUUGUGCAAUGAAGCAGAGCAUCCAAGGAGAAAACUACGUGCUUCCUUCUAAAUGUCGAUUCUUUUGUGGAGAUUUGUUUAGUCUGGAAAAAUUUCUAAGUGAAGAGAAAUUUGAUCUCCUAGUCAUCGAUCCCCCCUGGUGGAAUAAAUACAUCAGGAGAAGAAAAUUAGCGGACCAAGCGUCAUCAUACUCGAUGAUGUACAACAAAGAUCUGGCGCAGAUUCCAAUUGAAAAACAUUUAGCCCCAGGAGCGUUGGUUGCGAUUUGGUGCACAAACAGCCAAUCAAACAUUAAUCAACUUCGAGAUGAUGUGAUGCCCUCUUGGGGUUUGGAUUAUAUUUCCACGUGGUUUUGGGUUAAAGUUACUAAAUCUGGAUGCACGGUGUGUGAUUUUUCGGUGCCUCCUGGAAAGCAGCCCUAUGAAAGGAUUUUGUUUGGAAGAAGUCAUGGUGCAGAGAGCAGCAAGAAUCUAAAAAAUCCAGAUGGAAACAAAGUGAUUUUAAGCGUUCCAAGUGCCAUUCACAGCCACAAACCACCUCUAAUAGAUGUUCUGGCUCCGUUUGUUCAACCUAGUCCAAAAAUCCUAGAGCUCUUUGCGAGAAGCUUACUGCCAAAUACCACGAGUUGCGGUUUGGAAGUCCUGAAACUGCAGCAUGAGAUUCUCUUCAAGUCCAACGAAAAGACGCUGAACAGCAAGCGGCCCGAGUAGAGGACGUCCACAAUCGGAGCCUCGUGCGUUUGGAGGGUGAGUACCGGAGUCCGUGGCACCAGGGGGUUCCAGAUCCUUAUUAUUCCGUCGUCACUCGCUGAAGCUACCUCAAAC